AGGCUUGGAAGACGAAGGGGAAGGAGCGGGCGGGCGGGAUUAUUAUGGGCUGUGGGUGCUGCUGAGGCAAGAUGGAGCUGUCUGCAGUGGGCGAGAGAGUCUUCGCGGCGGAAUCCAUCAUCAAGCGGCGGAUCCGAAAGGGGCGCAUCGAAUACCUGGUGAAAUGGAAAGGCUGGGCCAUCAAGUACAGCACUUGGGAACCUGAAGAGAACAUCCUGGAUUCCCGUCUGAUUGCAGCUUUUGAGCAGAAGGAACGUGAGCGUGAGCUGUAUGGACCUAAAAAAAGAGGACCCAAGCCUAAAACUUUUCUGCUGAAGGCUCGGGCCCAGGCAGAGGCCCUACACAUUGGGGAUGUACAUUUUUCUGUCAAGCCUAGCUCUAGCACAUCUUCACCUAAACUUCACUCCAGUGCUGCAGUGCACCGGCUCAAGAAGGACAUUCGGCGAUGCCAUCGCAUGUCCCGGCGCCCUUUACCCCGCCCAGACCCCCAGAAUAGUGGAGUGGGUGGAGGUACUGGCAUACGCCCUCCUGUCUCUCCCUUUUCUGAGACCGUCCGCAUCAUCAACCGCAAGGUGAAGCCUCGCGAGCCGAAGCGCAGCCGCAUCAUUCUCAACCUGAAAGUUAUUGAUAAGGCUGGGAAAGCAGCAAGCAGUGGAGGAGGCCUGGCUCGACCCAAGAUUCCUUCACGAAACCGUGUCAUUGGCAAGAGCAAGAAGUUCAGCGAGAGCAUGCUUCGCAACCAGAUUCGCCACAUGAAGUUUGGCAACUUCCCUCUGUACAACAAGCCGUCAACUCCAGCCCCAUCUCUAGAGGGGAAGACCGAGGCAGGAGGCUCUGCAGGUGCCUCUUGUGGGAUCAUGGGCUCUACUGCCUACGAUGCCCGCAGUUCCAGCUCCUCUGACUGCCCUUCUCCAGCUCCACACUCCUCAUCCGAUCCAGAUGAUUCCCCACCAAAGCUGCUGCCCGAGACGCUAAGCCCUGCCAUUCCUGACUGGCGUGAGUCGGAAGUCCUCGAUCUGUCAAUUCCACCCGAGUCAGCAGCCACCAGCAAGCGGUCUCCCUCCGGAGGGGGUCAGAUGCCCUCAUCCCCAUCUUCCUCUGAUCCAGAGCAAGAGGCUGGUGAUUGGCGCCCUGAAAUGUCCCCUUGCUCUAAUGUGGUGGUCACUGAUGUCACUAGCAACCUCCUGACAGUCACCAUCAAGGAAUUCUGUAAUGCUGAAGAUUUUGAGAAGGUGGCAGCAGCUGGAGGAGGAGGUGGCAGCAGCAAAUAAGAGGCUGCAUUCCUUUUUCAGUGGGUUGGGGGAGGGAUGGGACAGGGAGGCUCUACUGCAAGAUCAUGCAUGGUGUGAAUGCCUGUUUUCUCCUCUCUCUUCCUUCUCUGUUCUUUCUCUUUUUGCUUGGAAGUUGAGAUGGCAGUAGAGGAAUGGGAAUGUAUGUUUUCUGAAGUUCCCAAAUCGAACUUCCCAAGCUCCUAAGGGUUGUGGUGGGACAUGUCAGUUCCCCUUUUUGUCUUCAAGGAUUACAUCACUCUGACGUGGAACAUGGAGAAUAAGAACCUGAGUGGGUGGAUGUAUUUACAGGCGGAAAAAUAAGUUGUUUCCAUCUUAUUUAAUGAAACAGGAAAACCUUGGCCAAACAUGUAGGCAGGGUCUCUACUCCUGAUUUGUCCGUUCUCUGCAGCUCAACAGGGUCGUCCUUCUCUUUUCUUAUAUCUGUGAUUCGAGUAAGGUAGCAUUGGCUAUUUGAGAAGGUGUUUUGGGGGGAAGGGGAGAUGAAAGUAGAUCAUUGCUGUUAGACUGGAACUGCUACAGAAUGUCUAGGACGUGUGUCCUAACUAUGCAGUGUGCUUCUGGUCUCUCUUCCACCUUGCAUAUACUAGAGGUGCUAACUUGGUCGUUGUAGUGGCACUCUGAAACAGCCUGGGCAAUCUCCCCCCUCCAUCAAUCUUCAACCAUUUCUCCAUGGCCUGGCUGUGGCACACCCUGCACAUCAAACAAAACACCAAAAAACUGUUAAGCCAGAGUUCCUUCAGCCUUGUUAAACUGUCAGUCUUGGCCUGGUGCUUCUGUUCCUUCUGCUUUAUAUCUGAGGCAUGUGGAUCCCCUAAUGGUGAAAAGGAGAGCCACACAUACCCUACCCUGAAGGACAGAUAGGAAUACUGUGCAGUGAUGCUGCCCCAGUGAGAAACAUCUGCUCAUUAUAUUUUGCAUUGAUUAAAUUAAUUCCAUCAUCCUUGCAGCAGGAUAGAUAAAAGAAGGGUCUGCCUGUUCUGCUUUUCCUCAGCUGCACCUCUCUGCAGGGGACUGAGAUGGAAGAACAUUCAUUUCUGCAAUUCCCAGGUUCUCACACUGCCUCUACAGUUGCCAACCAAAGGUGCUAAGAACCUGUCGUAAAACGUUACUAAGUGUUUCUUGGAUCUUGGGCUGUGUGUGUGCGUGUGCAAUGUGUGUGUGGGCCUCUCCCUCCCAUCCACUUCCCCAUGACAUCCCUUGCUUGUAAUGAAUUCAUUCUGAUACCUUCAUUCUGACACCUUUCUUGAAAGCAGGUAAUAAUGUGUCUGCUUUUGCCAUCUCCCCACCACCACCCACAAGGUGUUAAUAACUAUGAGCUUGUAUAUUGGUGUCCAAGGUUCCACUGCAGACGUAAAACCAUUUCUGCAAACUUCUACUUCAUGGUUAAUCUGUCAACUUAAUAUGUUCUAUCCUUGUUGCAAACUUCCCUUUCCUUCCCAUGUGCCUCUGUUUCGUUACCAGUGAUUGACUGACUGUGUGUGUGUGUGUAGGUGUAGUGUUGCCUGUCAUGCUAUUUGUAAAUGUUGUUACACUGGUGUGUGUGUGUGUGUGUGUGAGAGAGAGAGAGAGAGAGAGGAAUAACUCUUAAGGGCUUGUCUGCAUGCUAUGCUGUCACUGUAAUAACUAAAUCCAACUCUUCUUGGCAUCUCUUUCCCCCUAUAUUCCUGUUUGAACUUUCUUCCUUUCAAGGGCUUGCUUAGUGAGUGGUGUGUUUUUGUUUUGUGUGUUACAUUUAUGUUGAAUUGAUUAUUUAUCAAUACAGUGUAAAAGCUGGUGCUGCAAAUAUUGUGGCUUAUGCUCCAUGAUCACUUGACAGGUGUUUUUCUUAAAAGCAGGGUGCUGUGAGUAUCUCUCAUUGGGAAGGAUUCUCCCUCUGCCAUUAAGCUACCCCACUUUUUUCUCAUUGGUUUUGCAAAGUUUUGCUUGGUUGUACCUGUGCUUAAAAAGAAGCCAAGACUUUGCUAUACACAGGAUUGAGAAACACUGUGUGGGGAUACCUUAUCAAUAAAUAUGAGCGCUUGUACAUAGAGAUGCCUACCAAAAUCAUAAUGUAUAAUGUUAAACAGUAUAAUUAUCUGUGACAGUUUGAGUGUAGUCAAUACCUAAGACGAAUGAUUCAGGAUGUUGUCCCUUUAUUCUACCAUGCAACACCUUUUGUGUCCUUCUUAAAAAUUAUUUUGGAACCAGUGAAAUCUACACUGCGUGCAGCAUUAUGUAUCUCCUUACUUCUCCCCAUUAAUGUUCAAGUCAAAGACUUUUUGUAAUUCCACAGGUGCAUGCAUUGGAAUAGCUGCUUGUUGUUUUUCAUGAGUUCAGUGAGAUGGGCUGUAUCAUUGCUUUGCCUCAGAAGUGGGAGGCUCUUUCAUGGAAGUUUUGCUUCAAAGGUGGGUGGGCUGGGCUGGGCUGAGGGUAGAGAUGUAUAAUGGGGAAUGAGCAGGGAGACUUGUAUUAAAGAGAAGACUUUAAAGGAGAAAAAAUAGAGGAAUUAUUUUAUAAAGCUGCAAGAAGAACUAUUAUACUGGAUGAGUGCAUACUGGUCAAUCGUGUUUUGAGAUUGCUUGGUAUGUUUGUGGCGUUCUGUUUUUAAGUUUGACUGAUGUUUGAAAAGUAGAUGGGCAAUAUAAAAGGGAAUUUUAAUAGGAAACUCUUCAGAUAUUUUAGCACAUGUUCUCUUGGUGAAUCCCACCCCCACGCCCUUCCUGGAAUUUCAUGUCAGUUUGGUUUCUGUGAGGUUUCCAUAGAAUAUGGUUUUUGCCUGCCUUAGAGCUGUUGUGUGAGGCUGAAGCCCUUUUAAAAGCUAGUUGGCUUAAUAUAAGGAAUCUCCUUGGCGGUCAGGUUGACUUUUUGCUUCCUGCCAAUGUUGGAAAGGUGAUAUGGUAGGGCACUCACAUCAGUGGAGUUUGUUCCAGCAAACUCCAGUACUAGAAAUAAUGUGUGGUGGGUGGGCAGCUUCAUAUGACAUGGUAAAGACAAUUUCCCACUUUUCCUUUAAUUACCACUUGUAACAUGGGGUGAAGGAGAUACGCAUGUUUGCCAGGGGUGGAGGGCAGGUGUGGAUGCAAUAAACACAAGACCAGGAGGUGCAACUGGCCAAGGUUCCUGGGUGGAUCUAAUGUGUAUCUUCAAACACGGGUUCCUUUUCACUAGUGUGACAUGUGGUAAACAAAUAAGAACUUGUCUUUCUCAUCAAAUGUGAAGCAGCCCUUAAUGUUGGGGAUGAAGCUUUUAGACUUCUGGUAUUUAAAGCAUGAGCACCUGAAGGAGUCUUUUCCAGUUCAUCAACUCCUCCAAUGUCAAUGCAGAUAGUGCCUCAGAUAAAAUCAUAUUUCCUAGCACCAGGAGUUUGGUGCAACCUUGGCUGGUGAAGUGCCAUCAUUGCUGAUUCCUUUGGUCCGCUUGGAGUAGCAUCCAUCCAGGUGGGACUGGUAGUCUGUCUGGCUCAUAGGUGAAGUGUGCUAAUUCAGCCUCUCAAACUGCUUGUCAAGAAGUACUCUGAAGGCAGAAGCCAAUAACAAUUCUAUUUGCCUAGUCCGGGCAAGUUGAUAUUGUGGAGUGAGUUGGAGGGAACUGAGCCUAGUUCUGUGCUAGUUCCAUCAGUGUUAUCCCUUUUAUGUGGGUGUCUCACUUUAAGAAGUUGAGAUGCAAAAGCCAGGGUUGUAGCCUGGAGUGAGUAGUCCAGAGAAACAUGGGAAGGCUAGAAUUGCAUAGCACCAGGAACUAUUCUGCCAGAAAGACAAGCCUGUUUUGGCUGUGAUUUUAGCUACUGCCCCUCCCCCCUUGGCAUUAGCAGCCUUUACUUAUUUCCCCUUAAGAGUAUUGUGCUGCCAGGCUAUACCAGCCAGGUGCCCACUUGCUCCUCAAAGACGAACAUUUUAACCCCCACACUCCAGAAAGAAACCAUCCAUUUUGAGAGGGAAAGAUCAAAUAUAUGCAACAUGUGGAAUGUAGGGUUGGUUGUGUUUGCCUUUAGAAUUUCCCCCCUUCCAAUUUGGCACGCAACCUCCAAAAGCAAAUUGUAUCGAUCUUCCCUGCAAAGUAGCACAACUGGUCCCCAACACAAUCUAGCCACUAGAGGGUGAUGGAGAGCUGCUGUUAUCACCCAAUGAUUAGGCUAUGAUUGAUUGCCUUGCAUCUCUAUGGAUUUUCCCUAUGUAAUCGGAUAAAAUACAUCCUGCACAUGCUCUUCAUUCAGAGUUGUCAUGUGAACUGGGAGUGGGAGAACCAGGGGUAUAUUCUUUGUGUCUGUGCCAUGUUUGUUGUUGUUGUUAGAAGAGAGUUGGGGGUGGGGGGAGAAAAGACUAGUUUUGCAAAAAAUGAAAAAGAAAAGGUUUUGGUUUUGGUUUUUUUUAAAAAAGGUAAUGAGAUUUUUACAGACAGAGGAGGAUAGAGAAUUUAAAAAAUAUUAAAUGCAGUGAUUGCACAAACUGUAGUGAUAUUAGCUGGUCCUUUAAAGAAGAGAGUAUUUUUUAGUAUUUGUGUGUGGUAGGGUGGGUGGUGUUCAGAUCAUUCAGACUGGGUGAGGGGAAAGCAAAGGGCAUGAGGAUAGCAGCAGUUACUCAUCUGAGAAAACAAGUCUGUGUCUUUAGAAACAUGUAUUUUCUUUUCCCUCUGCUACCCAUAAUGUGUGUGGGGUGGGGGGGGAAGGUGUGUGUGUGCUUGCUUGCUUGCUUGCUUCCUUCCUUCUUGGAUGUGAUGGAGCCAGCCCAAUUCUGGCAGUUUUGUUGGGUGGGCUAUGUGGCAUUUUAUAAUUAACUUGCUGGUGCCAGUUAACAGUCUGGACCUCAAGAUGAUCUGCUGAGGCAAGACCUACUGAAUUGAACGGGACAUAUUGCUGCUUUGGGGUUGUUCAGUAAGAUCUGGGAUCUCAGACUGGCAAGAAAUGUAUGUGUUAAACAGCUGUGGAGCAAACAAACUCUUAGAAGCUAGCAAAAUUCCCCUCUUCAUUGAUGGGUCUCAUUCAUUGAAGAGUCAACAUCAGUGCAUACUGUAGUUGGCAUUCAAGAAAUCAUUCUGACCUUGGGGUCAGUUUAACACAGAAGUUCUCAGUGUGUCAGAGCUUCUUUGCUGGAAGGUGAUCAAGGCCUCCUUGAAGAUAGCAAACACAAAAAUGACACAGGUAGCUUGGCCUGCAGUGAUUUCCUUUCAUUCUGGACCCUAAAAGAGGGUGGGUGAAAAAAGCAAAGGAGUCAAAUAUUUUGAAAGAAGGAUGCAAUGGGGAAAGAGUCCUACAGAAAUAGGCUUGUUACCUCAUACAGUUGGUCAGUGCAACAACCAGAUAUGAAUACUCCUAUAAGAUUACCUGUGUGGUACUGAUUGAUAGUUAACCUUAUUCCUCUUGGCCCAAACAAGACAUGCAUAGGAGCUAGGCCUAGAAUGAGCCAGGAAAGAAUUCUCUCAUUCCCUUGGGAACACUAGCAUCCCAUGCUGAGAGCCAUUGCUUUAAUAUUAAUUGGGGAAAUCUGUGUUAUCAACAUUACUUAACCAUUUAGAUAAAGCAGAUGUAACUUAUCAAUUAGGUUGCUGACCAAGCUAUCUGACCAUCCUGUAUGUUGUUGUUGUUUGGACAAAAGAGGAAGGCCCUCUGUGUUUGCAGGGCACACACUGGACAAAGUGGGAUGAGGGAUGACGGAAGGAGUUUUUUAUUGGAACAAGAUUGGAUUCUGCUACGCUAUGGGCAGUGUUCUUGAGUAUCUGUGGAAAUAGCUUUCGUGUUUCUCUUGCAUGCAAAAUUGCACCUUUUGCGUCCAUGCUCUUAAUUGUUGUAGCCAGUGGGAAAGUGGAGUUGAAGUGGAAGUUUGGCAUCUGUUUGUAAUAGGAGAAAGUGUCAAAUGCAUCUGCAAGGAAGUAAGAUCUCAUUAGGGUUUCCAGCUUUCAGUGCAGAGAAUUGUCUUACCUGUCCAUUCUUGGGAAAGCUCCCUUUUUCUCACUGUAGUCCUUACAAGCUGAACUAUGAUAUCACUUGUGGGUGGUAUCCAGUCCUGUGUCGCUGUAAGUGCUAACCUUUACUUCAUAAUCUGUUGUCAGUAGCAGGUUUUGGUGUUAUGUACAUGGAGCAGGCAGUGACAGUGAGGUGUAUGAGAACAAGCCUGAUCUGUGAUUCUGGGUGAGUCACUGGAAUAUAGUGAACUGUCUUGGCAGCAGAAUUCCUCUUUGUUGCUCAGUAAUUUUAGUCCUCCCCAGACAAAUAAAGGGGGUGCUAUCUGUAACCCUACCUCCAGUAUAAAAUGGGUGCUAUGUGAGCUGAGUCUUCCUGGUCAACAACUGUUCUUGGCCUUUUGUGUUUAGGUGAAGUUCAGUUGCUUUGCAGCAUUCUUUUUUCACCCCCUCAUAUAGGCUACAUUACAUGAGUGAACUCUUCCCUUAUCAAUCAACUGAGAUGCGCAGGUUUAUAUAUUAAAAGGGGGCAUUCUUCUGCCCCAAAUAUCCCUUCUAUUGGGAAAUUAUUAGAGUUGUGGAACAAACUGGGAGAGAGCCAUAGUCCCGACAGGUUUAGGGUUCUUGUUAGGGCUUGGGCAAGGAAAUGUAAUAGGCCUGGAAUGGGUUUCCCACUGAGUGCCCUCUGUAUGAGCUGUCCUAUCCAAUUUACCUCCGGCCCUGAGGCCUUGCACGGUCUUGCCUGGUGCAUCUUGUGCUCCAGUGUUGCUUGCUUUGCUGCUUUUUUGAUGUCCACUAAUUGUGCAAGAGCUGGGAUCUUAUUUUCUUUUUAUAUAAGCGUAUGUACUGUGUGUGUGUGUGUGUGUGUGUGUGUGUGUGUGUGUGUGUGUGUGUGUAGAGAUAUAUAUAUAUAUAAACAAUCCUCCACUUAACCUGCCACAGUGCUUUGUAUUAAAGGCAGCAUGGGUCAGUAGUGUGGCCAUCGUGCUGGGAACUAGGAAUGCCUGAGUGCUGUGAUCUGCAAGUCCCUUUGCCUCCCUGGGUCUCUCCAUUUCUCGAGAAAACAGAAGAGAUUUGAGCUGGUGGAAGGGGCUGUGCUCAUUAUGAAAGUUGUCAUUUAGGCUUAUGAGCUGCCCUGGUUGCACUCCUUAUAUCUUCCAAAUGUAAAUUUUCCCUGUCAUAAUUCAGGUUUUGAGGACCCACAACAAUAGACAUUGAGGUUGGAAUGUUCUCCUUCCCCACAGAGCUUCCCCUCAGAUUCUAGUCAACAACAGAACCUGAUCAGUCUCCUCCCCUGCUGUCUCUUCCUGCCCUACUUGGGAGGUCUACUGGUUCUUUCUGAUAUCAAUAAAGAUUCUUCUUUUAAAAAGACAACUGUCAGAGCUACUUCUGGAGGCUUUAAAUUAAAAUAUGAAGCUGCUGUAUGCUGAGUCAAGCCAUUGGCCCACCAAGCCUAGUAUUAUCUGCCCUGACUGGCAGGAGCUCUUCAAGGUCUCAAGCAGAAGUCUUUCCUGGCCCUUUUUAAUGGAAGAAGUCAGGAUUUGAAUCCGAACCCUUAUUGCAUGCGAAGGAUGUGCUCUGUCACUGAGUUAUGGGCUCUUCCAAGGUCAAUUAUAUGCCCUUUGUGUCAGUUCCAUGCCUUCCUUAAUGCUUCCUUGCAUACUAGUUUCAUCUCUUUUUCUCACAAGAGACUUGUACAAAGCUUUGUUCUUGGAAUGAAAAGUGGGUGUGAAACUGACAAGUUUCUUAUGCAUUCAGAUAUGACGGUGACAUAGAUCAUAAGACAAAUGCUGUGUCGGUUCUGUACAAGCAUAGUAUUUGAUAUGGGCUUUUGGAAUUGAGCAUUCUGAGGCUCAGCUUUUUCUCAGUUUUUAAAGGCUUCUAGCCUUAUGCUGCAAAGAUAGGCUUGAAAAAGUAUGAGACUCCACCAGGAAUGACUCAAGAGUGGGGAUGCAUAACUUCAGGGCGCUGCAUAGUUCUGCUUCCUUCUCCCAAUGACUAGCAGAAGCAGAAUAAGCCAAUGCACUCGGAUAUUCUUAAUUGCUGUCACCGUUUGGCAUAGAAUUUGGAUUAUUGUCAUUCAGCAUUUUCUUAAAACAUAGAAUACACAUGGCUUUAAGAAAAUUUGUGUCAAAGAAACGUAACAUUGUAUUGAGAUAAAUGUUUCAAAGCUGCUUCAGAACAUUAGAGAACAAGACUAGGUCAGUAGCUCAUCCAAACUAAGGAUAGGCAACCUUGGCUGUCCAGCUAUUGCUGAACUACAACUCCCCAUCAUUCCCUAUCACAGUAAAUUGCAGCUAGGGAUUAUGGGAGUUGUAGUUAAGUAACAACUGGACAACCAAGGUUGCUACUCCUGAUCUAGACCCUAUUGCUGUGUCUAUUUGGUGUUGGAUGCUACAUGCAUAAUAGAACAGCAUCUGAAGAGGAUACUGUUUCUAAUAGUGUACUCCUGGAUGGAUGACUAGCUUACCCAGCUCCUAAGAACAUGCAGUGACCCCUCAGGGCCUUCAAGUUGCUUUCCCUGGCUGAAAUCCAGAGCAAUGAUCUGCUUGCGCUAGCUAAUAGUGCUAAGUCUGGCGCUUGUGUUCCAGCCUAGUGCUGUGCUACCACAAGCUGUGGUUGCACAGUUGUAGCACACCUCAUCAGAGAUGUGGGGUGGAAAAUUUUCCAAAACUGGAAAUUUUCCUAUAUUGUUUUUCCUGGUGGAAAAUUUCACUGGCUGACAUCUAGACCAGCACUGCACACAUGCAGCAGUGUGAAUUUGACUGCUGCUGUCACUUGGGCAUGGGGAGGGGUGACUUUUGCAAACCUUCCCUUCUACUGAGGCCCACUGUGUGCCAUAAGGUUGCUGCAUUUCUUCCUUCUGAAGAUGAAACCUUACAGUUUCAUCUUACUCGAGUAGUUCUGUUGUUGACAAGAAGCAAGCAUGUCCAGUAGUAUUUGCAUCCAGACAAUUUCUUGUCUGUCUGAUAUUUUCCCUAAUGAAUGUCCCAUCUCCAGCACUGGCCCUAGAGGGAUGUAGGUCACAUCUGGGCAUCACAUAACUUGCUUGUGAAUGGGGAAGAAAGCUGUCUUGCUACUUCAGUUACUUACUAACAUGCAGCAAAGAGGCAGGAAAGGGGAGUAUAAAGUUGUCUUUGAAGGAAGCGGGUGUGUUUUGUAUCAGGCAGUGCAGAAGACUAAAGAAAUAUGAGGUCUGAAAAGACUGUUCUUUGCAAUGGGCAGUAAGAGACUUGUAGGUGACGAUGUUUUGCAGAUUUAUUUUGCAGAUUUAUUUAACAAUUUCCUUUGAUUAGAUUCACUCAGGCCCCGCUUCCAAAGUGCUGAAACCCCUAUUCCUGUUUUGCAUAGCACUUAAAUAUUAUAAGCACAUUCUUUGUAAGUUCAGCACUCUCGUAGCGGGGCCUCUAGUGUGAACUACUUUGCCAUUUUAAGUGGGAUUCCCCCCCACACCAUUACAAUUUGCCUGAGCCAUUGUCAGUGUUCGUUCAAGGCUCUCAGAAGCAACCAUUCCAUGUUAUGUUUCCAGGCACAAUAACUUGCAGGAAUUAUCCUGCAUCAUCAAUUGACAUAGCAGGAAGUAUUAGAGGGUGCUGGGGAGAGGGAUGCCUCUGAGACUCUUGGGUCUUUUGGUAGCCAUUUCUCGGAGAUGGUUAUAUGCAGUCAAUACUUGUGUUGCAUUUUUGAGUACUGGAAUGACAUGGAGAAGCUUUACAAUCCUGUGUAUAUACGGUAAGAUGAGAAGCAGCCCCCAAUUCUGUUACAGUGGGGCUUUUCUAAUGAGUCAGGCAAAUAUUGUAGUCUGGGGAAAGGGAUUCAAAGACUGCUCUUAAGCAUCACGUGUAACUAGUGGUAGUUUGCCCUGUGGUAUUCAUAGGUUCUUAUCAGCAGUGUCCUUUAAACUGACAGUAACUAGGAUGCAUUUGCCCAUAAGACCUGAAGUGCAAAGAAUGGGUGAAAACAGCACAGAUGUAGAAGGGAGGUGGUAAGAACUGUAGAUAUUUUCUAAGAUGUAACUGGUGCUGUUAGUGGCAGAAAGUGGGAACAUAUAAGGGCAGCAAGCUUGGUUCAUUAUGGCUGCUGCCACCACCCUGAGGAAAAUAUAUCAGAAAAAUGGCUUUAGUGGAGUUUCUGAUGCUUUAUUUUUUCCUUACUCAUACAUAUUUAUACCCAAACCACUUGAUACUAUGCCACAUUCUUUUUGCCCUGCUAUCCGUUCUCUUGAAGAAAAGCCUCUCUCUCAUCAUCUUUACUUAGGCAGUUACAGGGAGAGACUGAAUUGGAGCUUGAUCCUCUCUUACAUUCACUCUUGCAUUUGCCAAUGGCACUGGCCUCAACCUUGCUGAAUCUGAUGCUGGUGUAUGAUGUGAUGCCACAGAAAGCUGGUAGAUUUGUGGCCUGUGUUACAAGGUGAUCAUGGCACUUGCUUUGGCCUUACAAAACUACACAUACUUGAGUGCUUCAUUGUGGGCCUGCACAUUAGUUUUUGCAAAGUUGAAGCUUAUCACUAAAUUUGAUAAAAGGUAAACUGAAGUUGUUCAUGUUGUUGCUGUUUCUCCUCUUGGCAUACAGAAUAGACUUUAAAAACAAAUAGCUAAAUAUGUAUCUGGCAACUUCGUAUUUUGGGGGGGAAGGCAUUUAUUGAAACACUUGUGCACGAAUGAAGUGUUUAUUAUUUUUUUGUCCUUGUAAUUCAUUUUUAAAUAUAGUGUUUUGCGUUCGUUUGAUUGCUUUUCAAAAUCCAGUUCUCAGCUGGCUAAACUGUCUAGAAUGAAUGGAUAGGAAACUUAGUGGGGUGAGCGAUUGAAUCGCCCCUCCCACUGUCAUUUCCAGUGGAAAAGUGGCUUGCUCCAGGUUUUGCGGGGGUUUGUGCUAAUUACUCUCAUAUUCUUGUACAUUUUGUUCUUUCUGCUGCUCUUGAGUAUUGUAUCAAUGCCGGAAAUGGGGAAUUGAACCCCAAUAAAUUGUUACAUUCCAA